CGCCGCCAACACCGACAUGGCGACGUCAGAGGCGCUCAAGGUGGCCCGGGAGGUGGACCCUGACGGCAGGAGGACGUUGGCCGUGGUGACCAAAUUGGACCUGAUGGACGCCGGAACCGAUGCCAUGGACGUGCUGAUGGGUCGAGUUAUUCCUGUCAAACUGGGACUCAUCGGUGUGGUCAACAGGAGCCAGCUGGACAUCAACAAUAAAAAGUCUGUGGCUGACGCAAUCCGUGAUGAACACGCUUUCCUGCAGAAGAAGUAUCCCUCUCUUGCUAAUAGGAACGGGACCAAAUACCUGGCCAGGACCCUUAAUAGACUACUGAUGCAUCACAUCCGCGACUGUCUGCCGGAACUGAAGACGCGGAUCAACGUGCUGGCCGCCCAGUACCAGUCGCUGCUCGGCAGCUACGGCGAGCCCGUGGAGGACCAAAGCGCCACCUUGCUCCAGCUCAUCACCAAGUUUGCCACCGAGUACUGCAACACCAUUGAGGGCACGGCCAAGUACAUCGAGACGGCGGAGCUGUGAGUGUCAGUGGCAUCGCGCUGAGAC